GUUCAGGAGAUAACAAGAGCAGAAGAAUAUCACAGCUCGAGAGUUAUGUGCAGGUUGAGUGUAAGUCUGGAAGGAUUAAGAAGCUUGAUGAUGGUUUGAGAUACUUUGAUCAAUUGAUACUGGAAAGACCAUUGCCAUCUUCUUUUACAGUUAAUCAGGGAAAGAUUGAUUUUGCAUUCAACGUGUUUGCCAAAAUGACUCAAACAGGUAUCAACCUACUGCUUUUACCUGUAAUACUCUUAUACAUGGGCUUUGUAGAACUGGUGAAGUGGGUCUUGCUCUUCAGCUAAAAAACAUGUCAAAAUGGAACUGCAGACCAGAUGAUUUUUCGUAUUGUGCAAUAAUUGAUGCACUUUGUAAAGGAGGUUUAGUUGAUGAAGCUUUGGUUCUCUUCUCUGAAAUGCACAGAGAUUUGAAUGUUGUACCAAAUGUAGUUGUGUACGCUUCUUUGAUAAACGGACUAUGCACUUCAGGCCGGUUAAAUGAGGCAAAGAGACUCUUUGACGAGAUGAUCAGUGGAGGAAUCUCUGCAGAUGUGGCGGUAUAUAAUUGUAUGAUUCACGGUCAUUUCCAACAUGGUCAACAAGAUGAAGCAAGAAGAUAUUUCGAUGAAAUGAUUGAUCGAGGAAUUUCACCCAAUACAAUAACCUUUAACAUAUUUAUACAUUCACAUUGUAAAGAUGGGAAGACACAAGUUGCUGUGGGGUUAUUUGAAUUGAUGCACAAGAUUAAUUUAAAACAUGAUCAGUUUACUUACUCUUCAAUGCUAGACGGUCUGUGUUUGGCAGGUCGGUUGCAAGAUGCUGUGAAGAUGUUUGACUCGAUGGUGGAUAAGGGCGUUCAACCGGAUGUUAUCAGUUGCAAUAUAUUAGUCGAUGGGUAUUGCAAGAACCGUAAGUUGGACGAAGCCAUGCAGCUAUUCAAGAAAUUGAAAGAAUAUGGAUUGGAACCUACAACAGUUACGCACAAUAUACUAUUAAGGGGACUAUGCCAGGAUGGAAGGAUGAAGCCUGCUCAGAAGUUCUUUAAUGAGAUGCAAUCUUUUGGUGUAUCUCCAAAUGAAGUUACAUACAGUACAAUUUUGGAUGGUCUUUGCAAGAAUGGAAAAAUUGUGGAAGCGAUAGAAUUGUUUGAAUCCAUGGAGGGCUCUGGUAUCUUAGCUAAUGUUGAAAUGUACACUAUCCUUAUUCAUGGCCUGUGUCGGGCUGGGCGGUUGGAAGAUGCAAGAAAAUUGUUUACUGAGAUUCCAGAAAAAGGAUUAGUUCCUGAUGUAGUAACAUAUACCACAGUGAUAGCUGGCCUUUUAUAUCACGGGAUGUUCUUGGAUGCUAACACAUUAAUCAUCCAAAUGGAAGAGAAAGGUUGUUUACCGAAUUCUAGGACAUAUGAUACCAUCAUCAAGGGUUUUCUUGUAGGGAAGGAGACUGAGAAGGCUUUACUAUUUCUUCACAAGAUGUGUGAAAGAAAAUUUGUGCCAAGUGAUUCUGUUGUAUCCUUAUUAAUAAACCUACUCUCAGCAGGUGAACUAAAAAAUCUUCAGCUGUAUUUGUGAGAUCUU